AUGGAGGUGGAGAUACCAAUUGAAACAGAACCAUUACUGGGGCAGGAGAUCAUUUCUUCCAGUUUGAAAACUGAGGAAAUGCCUAGUUCCCUUCAAUUGGCGGUAGAUAUUUACGAUAAAUCAGUGCAAAACACUGCUUUGGAUGUACACGGAGACUCAAUUGACGGACGAUCGAGGGGUCGGUGUUGCAGGAUCUUUACAAAAUUCAAGUUUGCUCUCUUUGAUUCCCACUGGCCCUUGUCUUGUUUCUUGGCGGUUGCUUUCCUUGGUGUUUGGUUACCUAAGAAGAACAGAUCUCUUUGGUCGCUUACUUUUAUACCGAUCUUUCAUAUGCUCUUCGGCUUGGGGGCACAUCUGUAUUUCAUUGUGUUGACAAAUGACCAAACGACUUGGAAAGUUCACAUUGGGUCGAAAAUGCUACUCACAUCUCUAUGGAUAAGCGGUUUUUCAUCGUACAUCCUGGCUUUGUAUUUCUUCAGGUAUCAGUCACAGGAAUGGAUGCGAGAUCUGAACAAAAUUCAACAUCGAGCCGUCAACGUGGGUCUGUUUACUGGUUUGCUGCUUGUGUCAUGGGUCCUGUUCUUAGACGCCCAUUUUCAAGUUAUUUUUGACUUAGACAACAUUAAAAAAGCCCUCACCGAGAAUUGUCCAAGUACAAAAGUUUGCAAAGGUAUUUGGUAUCCCCUUGUUACUUCUAUAUACUGGGGAAUGUAUUCGUCGAUCGCUGUUUGCUGCGUGUUUUUCUCCCUGUGCCUCUCGAUGACGAACGAUCUCGCAAAAGGAUACCUUCGCUUAGCUAAAUGCACUGGGGAUGUUCGGAAUGCUGUAAUAAUGCACAAGCAAGUGCGUGAUGAAACUGAAAAACGGAUAAACAGCAUGCGUGUCUGGUUUUUAAUUCACACUCUCUUUUACCUGGUGGUGUUUUUAGCCAGUAUUUUCGACUGGUGGGAAGCGGCAAGAGACUCGUUAAACUCUGUGGUCCAGUACAUGGCUCAAAUCUCUGGCACGCUAGUCGUGGUGUACAAAUUUUUCUUCCCUUUCUUGUCGGCGAGUUACGUCACUUGGCACGAGUCCACACUCGUGCAAGACUUGAACGACAAGACAGAUUAUCUUCCUAGAGAAACCUUCCACUCGAGGCAAGAUUUAGAAGUGUUCCUUGCGCAGAGCAGGAGACGUGGUUAUGGAUUUCGCCUGUUUAAGAUACAAAUUACCAUAACAAUUGCAAUAUUUUCUUUGCUCGGAUCUGGUUUUGGAUUGUUACACACCUUUCUUUUUUUAGAGUAA